GUGAACAAUGGCUACAUCUCCCACAAACCCUCUUCACAACUUCUUACUCCCCUUCUUUGUUCUUCUUUUCUCAAUUUUCUUUAUGGUUUUAAAGAUUCGGUACAAGAAAAAAAAUCAAACUAUUUUUCUAAAUUCUCCACCAGGAAGCUUAGGACUUCCAUUAAUAGGAGAAACACUGGCAUUCAUCUCUGCAAAUGGCUGCAACAAAGGGCUUUAUUAUUUUGUUGAAAGAAGACAUUUAAAGUAUGGAAAAUGUUUCAAGACAAAAAUCUUUGGAGAAACUCAUGUCUUCCUUUCAUCAACUGAAUCUGCAAAAUCAAUCUUAAGCGGUGAUUCGACAGACUUCUCAAAAAGAUACAUGAGAUCAAUUGCAGAAUUGUUAGGAGAUCAAAGUAUAUUAUGUUUAUCUUAUCAGAAUCAUAAGUUUAUGCGCGGAAUCAUAUCAAAUCUCUUCACAUCAAAUUCCAUGGAUUCUGCAAUUAAGAACUUUGAUGAGCUUGUGAUCAGAACAAUGGCUGAAUGGCUGCAAAAAGAAACAAUAGUUGUGCUUAAUGAUGCUAUGAAGAUUACCUUCAAUGCCAUAUGUAAAAUGCUGAUAAGUUUAGAAAAUGAAGAAGAAUUAGAAGCUCUGCAAAAGGAUGUUUAUGAAAUAAGUGAAGCAAUGGUGGCCUUCCCUUUCAAGUGGCCUGGAACUAGAUUCUUCAGAGGUAUUAAGGUAACACAUAAAUGAAGCAGAGUGAUGAAAGCCUUGAGGAGAAAGAUAGAGUUGAGGAGAAGGAGCUCAGAGUAUCAUGAGGAUUUCUUGCAGUCCUUGCUUGCAAAAAAUGACCUACAAAAUGAGGAGCCACUAUCUAAUAGUCAAAUUGAAGAUAAUAUAUUGACUCUAAUAAUUGCAGGGCAAAUUACUACUGCAAGUGCUAUGGCAUGGAUGGUCAAGUAUCUUGAUGAGAAUCAAGAUGUCACGGAGACACUAAGAGCAAUGCAAUUGGAGAUGCAAGCCAAAUUUUUGGGAAAUACAUCUCUAAAUCUUGAGACUUUGAGUGAAAUGUCAUUUGCAUCUAAGAUUGUAAGAGAGUCAUUAAGAAUGGCUACUAUAGUAUCAUGGUUCCCAAGGGUGGCCUUGAGAGAUUGCCAAAUUGAAGGCUUUCAUAUUAGAAAAGGUUGGAUAGUCAAUGUGGAUGCAAGGUCUAUACACCAUGAUUCAAUGCUAUAUAGUGAUCCAUUUGAGUUUAAUCCAUCGAGAUUUGAUGUGGAACAGAAGGCUUGCAGCUUUCUAGCUUUUGGGACAGGAAGAAGAACAUGCUUGGGGAUAAAUGUGGCCAAAGCCUUCAUGAUUGUUUUUCUCCAUCGCCUUGUUACAACUUAUAGGUGGAGGGUUGCAGACAGGAACCCAAGCAUAGCAAAAUGGUCCAUAUUUCCAGUGUUAAGGAGUGGCUGCCCAAUCAAGGUUGUUCCAAUAGCCACACACAAUAUUAACUCAUAAACCUAUUUUUAUAGAUGUGAUGUGAAAACGUUGGAUGGUAUAAAUGUAAAAAGGAAAAUUUUAAGUGUUUGAUAUGUUAUAUAUGCAAAUGCCACUAAUUAAUAUUUGCUAAAUCAUGCCUAACAAAAUU